GGUGCUCUUUUGCAUAUUUUCUUUGGCAUUUUUAUUGUGUGCUAGCUGAGCUUUGUCACCCAGUCCUCACUCUGAAGCAGAAUUAUGUUGAAAGUCAGUCCCUUUGAUUUCCUGUAAUUUAAUAGCAGUGGGUAAAAAUAUUUGUGGGGGCACAGAGCAGCAGAAACAUAAGAAGCAUAGCUGCAGCAGGAAGUGAAGUCUUGGGUGAGUGGCCUGAAGCAGAAGUAACAGUUGACCAGAGCUUUAGUCGAAGAUGCAGCGUGGACGACUGCCGCGUUGUGUUUUUUUUUGUUGUUGUUUUUUUUUUCCCCAAGGGAGUAAACAGGAGUGAGGUGGCAGCAGCAGAUGUGAGGUGUUAAACAUUUGUCAGAGGGUCCAGUUAACUAGCCCUGAACUAAGGCUAUGAAGCAGGUCCGCUUUUUCCUUCAACUCUCAGUGUUGCUUUCUGCUCCGCGGCCGUGUCUUUAAAGGGGGCUCAGCAGUGAGAUUAAUCUGUUUUCAAAGGUCAUCUGUUUGGGUCAUGCCUCCACACAGAACCACUGACCUCCCCUGACUAAAAGCCGUGGUCCGCCUGGAGAGGAAUGUAGGUUGUCACCAGAGCUAUUUUGGCAAUGCGCAGUCCCUAAUGAUUGUGAUCACAGAGCAGAGUUUGGAGCAGUUGCUUUGCUCUCCUUUUCCCAGCCAGCAAGUUUGAUCAUGCAGCUCCUGCUGGCGCUGCAGGGAUUAGAGAGUUAAACGAAUGGCACGUCGGCUCCGCUUGCAUUUUGCGUCAAGGAGAAGCAGCACGGACCCUCUGUCAGAAAGCCUCAGCAGCCAUGGUGAGGAAAGCGGAGUCAGUGUGUCAGCUCAAAGCCCCUCGGAGAGUCUGGCGCACAAUUCUGUCCACUUGAAGGUGACUCCUCUGUCACCAGAUUAUGCUUAUAAUCAAUACUCUUCAGUGUUCAUACCCAGGGUUAACACCGGAGGAUGUAAUAAGAAGAGAAUUCUACAGAUCUCACUCCAGCCCUGUGGAAAGCUCAGCGGAGAGGUGGAUGGCAGCGUAGAGGAUGGAGAACCAGGAGCUGGUGAAGGAGGAGGUGCGUGUGCGGGUUCUGACGGGGGUUCGUGCAGCAGCAGCAUGGCCAGCGAUGGCGGCUACUGUAGCAGUAACAGCAUCUUCGAGCCAGAGGCACCAGAAAAGCAUAAGACCACCCAAGAGAGGAGUCUACACUGCUGCAAGUCCAAGGUCCCCCUGAGGCGGUGCUCCUCCUUAGUUAUAUUCCCAAAGAGCCCCUGCAGCACCCCACCUGCUUCCCCAGUAAGUCCAGUGGCUUUUCCUGCGCUCCCUAUAGGGAAGGGCUCUAAUCAGUCAUCUCUUCAGACUUCUGUUAAUGGAUACUCACUGGCAGACGAGGAAGUGACUUCCAAAGGGUCCACCAACACGGCAGUAAGCGGCCAUCGCUUCCCAAAAGAAAGCUGUUCGGCUGAGUUCAGGGACACCAAACACAUGGUGCAGUUUAAUAUUCCCUUACAGGACGAACCAAAAUCUAAAACAGAGGACAUGAGCAAAAUAAAGGAAGUGUCAUCGUCUCUAGACAGAUCAAAUCGUCACUCCAGCAGCCUGUUGCUGCGCUUUGCCCACCAGAAACCAAUGAUAUCAGGAAAAGGAGCCACAACAACAGCUACAGUCAAUGUGGAAUAUCCCGAGGCUCAUUACCCAGCAGAGCACCCAGAGGGUGAUCGCGACUGCCACAAGAAACUUUAUCGUAGUACCUCUGCUUGUUUGUUCUCCUCAACUAAACCUUCUGAGAAAAACCUGAAAGCUUGUUCAUCAGGAAAAGGCCACCAGGAAAAACCCUGUCAUCACGCCAUACAGAGGAGCUUUUCCCUCGAGGUGCCUUACGCCAACACUGGAAUUUCAUGUCACGUUUCGAAUCCCAAACUCAGCAGCCCCUGCUCUCCACAUGUGCACAUUCAUUUGUCUCCUUGCUGCCCGGCUAAGUUGCCUACCUCUCUUCCUGAUAUAAACACAGGCAACAAAUGGAAUAAUACACCCAUAAGCUCAGGUCAAUGUGCCGAGACACGUGAUGACUUCCUGGGACAGGUGGAUAUCCCCUUAAAUCAAAUACCGACAGAAAAUCCUAACAAUGAAAGGCCAUACACAUUCAAGGAUUUUCUGCUUCACCCACGAAGUCACAAGUCCAGAGUUAAAGGUCAUCUGCGUCUAAAAAUGACCUACCUGCCAAAAAACCCAGGUUCAGAGGAGGAAACUGCAGAUCUGACUGAGGACAACGAUCCUGGUUGGGAGCUUCUAGAGACACAUGAUAUGUCAGGUCCCAGACAAAACCAGAUCCUGCCUCCUCUUCCUCCUGGCUGGGAGGAGAGGCAAGAUAAUCUUGGAAGGAUCUACUAUGUUAAUCAUGAAACCAGAACCACACAAUGGCAACGGCCCACCACGCAAGACGGCAAUUUGGAAGUUCAACGAAGACAGAACAGUAAUACGGAUGCGGCGCAUGUUUUCAUAACACGCAGACAGAUCUCAGAACAUGAGGAUAGCACGCAAGAGUCUCCAGAGAGCUGGGAGAUCAUUACAGAGGAUGAUUCCACCCAGUACCACAGUAGUAACCAGCUCAGAUCACCUUCACCCCGCACCCCAGUGGAAUUCCACUCACUGUGCGAUGAAAUGAGGAACGUUAACAUCGCUGCCGCAGCUGGCGAGCGGCGCCCCUCCCAGAUCGAUCACAGCAGUAAUUCAAGGCAUUCCAGUCGCAGAGGAAGUGCCCAGACCUCAACAGGAGAGGAACAUCCGGCUAAUCCUGUGCUGCUUCCAACCUCAACUGGGUUACCUCCAGGCUGGGAGGAAAAGCGAGAUAGUAAAGGAAGACGCUACUUUAUCAACCACAACAACCGAACCACUACAUGGACACGACCUCUCGUGCAGAGAACUUCAGAGGCAGCACCAGCACCAUCAGCACCAUCAGCAGCAGCAGCACCAUCAGCAGCACCAUCAGCAGCAGCGGCACAGAGUAGUGCAGGCUUAUCACAAAGCCCUACACCAUCCCAACUACUGGCAGCAACAGAGGAGUCUCCUCAGCACACUCCAAGCCCCGAGGCCACGCGAGAAUCUGGCUUCCUGCCGCUCGGUUGGGAAGUUCGCAGUGCACCCAAUGGAAGGCCGUUUUUCAUCGACCACAAUACCAAGACAACUACCUGGGAAGAUCCCAGGAUAAGGAUUCCUGUACAAAUGAGGAGGAGAUCCUCGCUUGAUCCUUCCGAUCUCGGCCCUCUGCCGCCUGGCUGGGAGGAGAGGGUCCACAGUGAUGGCAGGGUCUUCUACAUAGAUCACAACACAAAGAACACACAAUGGGAAGAUCCCAGAUUGCAGAACGCUGCUAUAACUGGACCAGCAGUGCCUUACUCUAGAGACUACAAACAGAAGUAUGACUACUUCAAGAAGAAGCUGAAGAAACCGGCGGACAUCCCAAACCGCUUUGAGAUGAAGCUGAAACGAAAUGCAGUGCUGGAGGACUCAUACCGACGCAUCCUCUCGGUCAAGAGGCCAGACCUGUUGAAGGCACGACUGUGGGUGGAGUUUGAUGGAGAAAAAGGACUGGACUACGGUGGCGUGGCCAGGGAGUGGUUCUUCCUAAUGUCCAAAGAGAUGUUCAACCCGUACUACGGGCUAUUCGAGUAUUCUGCCACGGACAACUACACACUGCAGAUUAACCCCAACUCAGGUUUAUGCAACGAGGACCACCUGACCUACUUCAAGUUCAUCGGUCGCGUGGCAGGCAUGGCUGUGUUUCACGGCAAACUCCUCGAUGCUUUCUUCAUUCGGCCCUUCUACAAGAUGAUGCUGGGGAAGCCAAUCACCCUCCAGGACAUGGAGUCUGUUGACGGUGAAUAUUUCAACUCCCUGAAGUGGAUUUUGGAGAACGACCCAACGGACUUGGACAUGAGGUUCACUAUUGAUGAAGAGCUGUUUGGACAGACUCACCAGCAUGACCUGAAACCCGAUGGCUCAGAGAUUGUCGUCACCAAUGAAAACAAGGAUGAAUACAUCCACCUGGUGAUUCAGUGGAGGUUUGUGAACAGAAUACAGAAGCAGAUGACUGCCUUCAAGGAGGGCUUCUUUGAGUUGGUACCGCAAGAUCUGAUCAAGAUCUUUGAUGAGAAUGAGCUCGAGCUGCUCAUGUGUGGUCUUGGAGAUGUGGACGUGAACGACUGGAGAGCGAACACAAAGUAUAAGAACGGCUACUGCUCCAACCACGUGGUUAUCCUGUGGUUUUGGAAGGCGGUGCUGCUGAUGGAUGCAGAAAAGCGAAUCCGGCUCUUACAGUUUGUGACGGGGACAUCCAGGGUCCCGAUGAAUGGCUUUGCUGAACUCUAUGGCUCUAAUGGACCGCAGCUCUUCACCAUCGAGCUUUGGGGAACACGUGAAAAACUUCCCAGAGCCCACACAUGCUUUAAUCGGCUGGACCUUCCUCCGUACGAGUCCUUUGAGGAACUGAGGGAGAAGCUUAACAUCGCUAUAGAGAAUGCACAAGGCUUCGACGGGGUGGAUUAGUGCAUACGUGGGAAAUGAGCUGAACUGACAUUGCUGUCAUUGGAGUAAAGCAAAGCUGCGUGAUGCCCCUGGGGAAAAAAAAACAACAACAACAACAAAAAAGCUGUGUAUCAGACUCAGGUCUGAUACAACCUGCUGGCUGUGAAGAUUGAGAGCAACAAGACUCACAUGAGUCCUCUGUCGGGGCCCAGCUGAAGAAAAGACAUGAAAUCUGGAGUGAUGGAGGUGUUUUUACGUCACCCUGCGUGUUGUAAAGUUUACAAAUCAGGUUAUCCUAGUAUUUAAUUCUCUGAUGCAAGUCGCUCAAAGCUGUAUUCACUCUUAUUUGUUCUGCGAAAAUGCUCAUAUAUUUAAAUAACUUGAUUCUGUGAAGCGAUAAGAGUAUCUGAAUGUGAAUAACAGCUGUACAGUUUAUGAUAAAAACCUACAUUUUAAAAAUGGACGUUUGAUAUAGUUUUACUCACUUUUUGCCCAGCCAGAUGCAUAAAGACAGAUGUGUACACACAUCCUUUCAGUCAGAUUGUCCUCUCUUAAUAACAUCAGUGUUUGAAACUGUAAAUACAUAAACAAGUCUUUCCACUGCAUCUUUAGACAUGAAUGGAUGUAACCACUCUUUUUUUUGUUUUGGGGUUUUUUGGGGGGGGGGUUGUUAAUGAAACCACUGUUUGCACCUCAGGUUAUUUAAUUUGGCCAUUAAAAGAGGGUAGUUGUACCAAAUGUGAAACUGAGGAACUGAACAGAGAUGGCAGGGGAAGAGCAGGGAUAAGGAAAUGUUUUAUGUGAUGGACCCAUUUGUGGAAUCAAAAGCUGCAAGAAAAUCUGCAUCAGAAGAAAGGUGAAAGUUCAGAGGGAAAAAAAAUCCCGGCCGAGUUCUAGAAACAAGAAAGCUCAUCUGUUUGUACGUUACGCACUGCCUUAGUUAUUAAUAAUAGUAGUAGGUGUUUAAUGUUAGUAAGUCAUUUCCACUUCAUCAGGCCCAAUUUUCUCUAUAAAAACAUGUGAAUGAAUAGUCUGAAUUACGCCUGAGGUGCACACAAAACUCACUGCGCAUUCUUUCUUUGUGCGUGCUUGUUUAUACAGUCGUGUUAAGCUCAUUUUGGGUCUUAUGUUGUCACUUUAUUACGUGCAGGUCCUUCAUGCUUGGUGUAAAAACUAUUGCACUCUGGCAAAGGCAAGAAUUUAAUGCUUAAAAAAAAAAGCCAUGCUCGCCACUUAAUUUGUCUUCAUUGCUGUUAAACACUAAUUGGAUGUUUCUGUUCAGCAGUUUAAAAUGUCCUUAAACAACAAAAAAGAUUAAACUUUUUUUUUCAUUUAGUUUCUUUUCAUUUAUUUAUUUUACUUUUUUUCCA